AUGCCUGUUUCUCUUUCAGGCAUUUUGUCGAACACCUUGCGUUCUUGCUCCAGAUUCUUGCGUCUACGCUGGAUCAUGGGCUGCAUUCAGACCAAAUGUUGCAGAAGACCUUCACUCCCCUCUAAUGGCGACGAUUCCAUUCCUUAUCCUCCUCGAAAUCCUUCGCCUGUAUCGUUCGACGUUGUUCAUGUCCCUUCCCACAACUUCACCAUGUCUUACUGCGUGCUUUCUCUCAGAGGUUACUACCCCGACUCGCCGGAAAAGGAGAAUCAGGACAGUUUCUGCGUCAGGACCGCCGUCCGCGGCGAUCCGGACGUGCAUUUCUUCGGCGUGUUCGACGGCCACGGCGCAGCCGGCGGGCAUUGCUCGACGUUCGUUUCGCAACGCCUCAUCGAGCUGUUGUCCGCAGACGAAUUCUUGCUGGAUGAUCCAAUCAGGGCAUACAGCGCAGCGUUCUCGGCGGCAAAUGAGGAGCUUCACGGUAGCCCGAUCGAUGAUUUGAUGAGCGGGACAACGGCGAUCACGGCACUCGUCGUUGGAGACAUGCUUUACAUCGCGAAUGUCGGUGAUUCGAGAGCGGUUAUCGCCGUCAAGGACGGCGACGGAGUUCUUGCGCAGGACUUGUCUUAUGAUCAGACGCCGUUUCGGAAAGAUGAGCUCGAGAGAGUGAAGCUCUGCGGCGCUCGGGUUUUGAGCUGCGAUCAAAUCGAAGGGAUUAAAGAUCCGACGAUCCAAUCUUGGGGCAACGAGGAGAGCGACGGCACCGAUCCGCCUCGAUUAUGGGUUCAAGAUGGCAUGUACCCCGGGACUGCGUUUACUCGAAGCGUUGGCGAUAGCACGGCGGAAAAGAUCGGUGUCGUUGCCGAUCCCGAGGUGUCGACGGUGCAGCUUUCGUCGUGCCAUCCUUUCUUCGUCGUCGCCAGCGAUGGGGUCUUCGAGUUUUUAUCGAGCCAGACCGUCGUGGACAUGGUUAAUAAAUUCGCGGAUCCGAGGGAUGCUUGCAUAGCCAUCGCUGCAGAAUCGUACAAACUGUGGUUAGAGAACGAAAACCGGACGGAUGAUAUAACUAUCAUCAUCGUACACAUGAAAGACCUGGAUGAAGUAUGAACGAAUACCUUGCAACCCGCAGAAUUGGUCGUUCGUAUUCAUUCGCCAGAUUAUCUUCCGAGCCGAGGAAGAAGAACCUGCAAUGAUAUAAUGUAGUAAUGUACAUUCAGAUUAGCCCUAACUUCUUAAAGAUGUCGUUUCCUGUAAUACUCGAUUCUAGCCGUGCUCAAUCAAUGUUUCUUUGUUCCUCUCGUGUGCUCUGUUUUCGCGAACAAGCGUUGCAAACAUU